GAGGAACAACAACAACGACACCACCAACAACGUGGAGCGAGAAGAAGAAGAAGCACCUUCAAUCAUCGCCAUACAGCUUCCUUGCUUGCUUGUCUUGUCUUCUUGCUUUGUUUUGUAUUCACUUUGGCCCUUUUUCUUCUGUCUGGGUUAGGGUUUCUUUCUCCCCCCACCCCUGUCUCUCAAUCCGAUUCCCUCCGGGACUGUCCCCGCUCCUUUCACCCCCCCCCCCCCACCUUGCUGAUCUCCGCUGCAUUGCUCGGUCCAUUUGUUGCGGUCCCUCCGUCCCCAAUUUGGUCGCAUUUGGCUUCGGGUGCUGCUGCUCUGGCGCGACAAGUGCGAGGUCGGGUGGUGUUGGGCACAAAAGUUCUUGGAGUUGCUGGUUUACGGGGCAGAAGGCGUUCGCGGGAGCGUGCGAGGGGAAUUCAGGCGAUUGCGCGAGGCGAAGGAAUGUGCAAUGGUUGGCGCGGUUUCGGUGAGUGCGUAUCGGGUGUGUGUGUAGGGGCGACCACGAGGCGGUGGGGGUUCCUUGUGGUGAUUAGGGCGGAGGUUCGAAAUCACGGUUAGGGUUUUGGAGUGCAACUAUUGAGGGAGGGCUGCGAGGUUGUACCUCGGCGGGAGCGGGCAGGCUUGCAGAUGUGACCCCAGGUUAUGGCGAAGAAGAAAGGAGGAGGCGGGAGAGCUCCCAAAGCAGGGGGCGCUGCUGUGGGGGCCUCCGUGGAGGCACCGUCCCGGGAAUUUAACGUGGGUGACCUCGUGCUGGCAAAAGUCAAGGGUUGGCCGGCGUGGCCCGCGCAGAUUGGAAGAUUGGAGACGCAAGGGAAACACGCUGGCAAGUAUUACGUGACCUAUUUUGGUCCAGGACAACAAAUUGGUUGGUGCCUGCCGGUUGAGCUGUCGGAGUUUGAUGCGGAUCAGAGAGAAGCCUCUGUUCAGAAGUCGCUGAAGAAAACUGCGGACAAGAAGUUCAUUUUCGCCGUGAAGGAAAUAUGUGCUUUGCAAGAUGAGCGGGCAGGGGCCUCGCCCAAGGACUCCGCAGAAGAGGAUGGGGAGGUAUCCGAUGACGACGGUCCUCGGGAUAUUGGCUCGGACGGUGGAGAAGAGGACGCGGUGGACAGGGAGACAGGUUUUACGGAGGAGGUUAAGCAGGACAGGUAUCCCAUGCCCGUCGUGACAUUGAAUCAGCAAUGCGAGUCCGUUUAUUUCAACGAGGGAAACGGUGAGGAGGAUGUCGAAGAUGGCGAUGGCGACAAGGAUUGGAGCGAGAGGCGACGCUACAAUGAUAGCGGUGUACAGACAGGGAACGAUUCGGAUGGAGGAGGGCAGGAACAAGAAGCGAGUGCCGAUGGCGCGAUAGGGGAAGGGUUGAAGCCGUUUGUAGAGCUUCAAAAGCCUGACUCGGAGUCGGUUGGAGGGAGGAGGCGUGCUUUCGGAAACGCGUUGGUGAGAAUUAAUCAGACUUCCGAGGAAGGUGUGGAGGAAAAGGCCGCGAUGCCAGAAGGCGAGACCCAGGUGCUGACAUACCAGUACGGGAGGAAGAAGAACCGGAACAAAAUUAACAAAGAUGUAUUGCCUGGUGUUGUGGAUGGGUUGGCGUCAAACCUUGGACAAGGAAUCGUGGAAGACUCAGCUGCUGUGCAUGCCGAAGCCAGCGAUGUUCCGAAGAGGAUGAAACCCAAAGUGGGCAGAUCGUCCAAAGCCAAUCAACAAGGUAAAGUGGGACAGGACAGCAAGUCGAGUGGUCACGCGGUUAGAAAGCCAGAUGCUGGGGCGAAGAGAUCUGAAAUGGAAAAGGGCAGUGGAAGAGGUGCACAUGAAGGCAUCGGGAAACCUGGAAAGGACAAUGACAGCGUCGUAAAGAGGGUUCCGUCCGACAAUGGGCACAAGAGGAAGGGGUCUGAUUUGAAGAAGAAAGACAUGUACAGCCCUGGUGUGAAGGGAGAGGUUUUGGGCGGGGAGAAACGUGAACGCAAGUUGGAGGCGAAGAAGGACGUGAGGGAAGUGGCGGCGGAGGUGGGCGGAUUGAAGAAAGAACCAAAGAAGUCGCAAGUGUCGAGCAAGGGUUCGGAGGAAGUAAAGAAGCAUUCGGCUACACCGAAGCAGCUGGGGGAGCACGUGAGAAGCGGUGUUGAUGACUCGGAGAAGAAAGUUCCAAGCUCCUCUCCAGGUUGUUUUGGAGGAUCGAAGGUGAAAGUUGAGGUGAAAGGGGAGGGUUCUGUGAAACGUAGAAGGUUGUCCGAUGGCGAGGGCGAAGGGGAGGAAGGGAGUGCGGGAGGGGAGAAGGGUGAUGGGGGGACUAGCGUGAAAGUGGAGAAGGAUGAAAAAAGCCUUCCUUUGUCGAAGAGGCCUAAGAUGGUCGCGUCGGAAGACAAGUCGGCGGAAGGAAAGCAGAAACAUGUGUCCAUCGGGCGUUCGAGUGUGGAUGGAAGCAAUGGCGAGAAGGAUUCGCCCAGAGAUGGCAAGUCCAGAGAAAGGGGAACCAGUCUACCCCCGAAAGCAGACAAGGACCGGAUGAGGAAAGCGGCUCUGGAUGGCGAGGCUGCCCUCCCUCCUUCGAAAAGAAGGCAUCGGGCGUACGCAGCGAUGAGUGCUUGUGAAGCGGAAGCCGCUACAGCAAGCGCGGCGGAAUCCAGGGAGCAGGCAGGAAAUGGAGUGGCUUGUAACCAAGACGGCAACGAUGUGGAUGCAGCCGCUUCCUCCGAGGGUGCGAAUAGAGAGGGAACAUCUGCGCUUGGGCACGAGGCCGGGAGUGUGGGUGGGUCCUUGAAGGAUGCGACGGCGGCGCCACACGCUUGGGAGUCCACAGACGGAGGGCAUAAGCAGCAGAAAGUAGAAAGCGGGCACGAUAACGCGAGUGUCGAGGACAGGACAGAAAGCAAGAAACAUCCACCCCUGAAAGACGCACAGGCAACAGAUUCACCAAGAAAGCGCAGCGGAAGUGGGGAUCCGAGCAAGGUGCAAACCGCGAGGUCAGAAGGUAGAGUGAAGAGUUCCAAAUCGAGGAGUCCUGGUCCCACGAGAUCGAGCUUUGAAGUGGCGACGGAGAAGCGGAAGGGGCAUUGGGGCGGGUCCGAAAGUGGCAAAUUGAGCACAAGUAUGUCCGGGGGGACAGAGGCGUUCCCAUCCCAUGCAAAGUCAAGUUUCGAGGAUUCAAGUAUAAGAAACGCGGUUGCUCUCGCUAACGAGAAGAGGAAUGCGCUGAAGAGGGAGGGGGAUUCAUCUGCCUCGAUGAAGGCUCUGAUCGCAGCAGCUCAAGUUAAGCAGCGAGCCAAGCAGAACUUCACAGGCGGGUCUGGGCCGUUCGUGUUUGCAGAGCUCGACAAGUUUCCAAACAGCAUGGUAUGCAGCCCUUCUCCUUCACAAAGAAGAGGGAGUUCAGGGCUGACUCCACCAGUUCAACAUGGGCAGGGCGGUGUCUUGAGUCAUGAAGGACACAAAAGGCAAGAUCUGGAGUACACUCGAUACGGAGAAGCAGCGGUGGAUACGGAAGCCACUAUUGCACGGGAUACCUUUGUGGGUAUGUUGGAGACAGUUUCUCGCACAAAGGACAGCAUAGGGCGCACGACGCGGCAGGCCAUGGAUUGUGCAAAGCACGGCAUUGCGGAGCAGAUUGUUGAGGUGAUUGUACGGAAAUUGGAGAAUGAACCCAGCUUUCAUCGGCGGGUAGACUAUUGGUUUCUUCUAGAUUCUGUCACUCAAGUCGCCCAUACGCAGAAGGUGGUGGCAUACCUCCCGAUCGUGCAAUCUUUUCUUCCUCGAAUACUUAAUGCAGCUGCCCCACCAGGGGGUGGGGCGCGUGAGAAUAGAAAGCAGUGUCUGAAGGUGUUGAACUUGUGGCUGGAAAGGAAGGUGAUGUCGGAGUCUGUUUUGCGACAUUUCAUGACUGAAAUAGAGUCGCACAAUGACGACAAGGGGUUGCCUGGAAACGGUGGCCGCCGACUUUCUCGAUCUGAGCGUGCAGUGGACGAUCCUAUAAGGGACAUGGAUGGCAUGCUAGUUGACGAGUAUGGAAGCAAUGCGUCGUUGAGUUUGCCGGACGGGUUUUCCAUCAUUCCUCAGUUAUACGAGGACGAGGAGGAAGGCAGCGAAGAUGGGAGCAGGCAGUUGGAGACGGAGUCUGUGAGUGCCAUCAACACCACGCGUUCAACCGAAGGGGAGGAACCGAUCGACAGGCAUCGAACCGUGCUGGAAGAUGUGGAUGGAGAGUUGGAAAUGGAGGACGUUUCUCCAACAGCAGAGUCAGAGGUUCAGUUUGAACAUGUUUGGAGUGCUUUCAAUGGAGGCCCUAGAUUACAAGAGAAGGUAUUCUCAAGGAGAAUGGAUGACGCCGGUAGAAACUUGAAAGAGCAGCUAAAAAGCGUGGAAGAGCAGAUACGAGGAUUGAAAGAGUGCAUAGGAAGAGUGGAAGAGGAAAUUUUUGAAGUAUGUCAUGUGGUAGAGGUUUUGAUUACGUUGAGUUUUGCUUCGAAAGUAGCGAAUUGUGGUGGGAGAAUGGAUGAUGCUGGUGGAAACUUGGAAGAGCAAGGAAGAAGCAUGGAAGAGCAGAUACGAGGACUGAAAGAGUACAUAGGAAGAGUGGAAGAGGAAAUAUCUGAAGUGGAAGAGAGCAUACGAAAAGUAAAAGAGUAG